AUGAAGUCCUCCAUCCCCUCCUUCUGCUGCCGGUGCAGUUCUGGCUUGCGGUCGACUGCGACCCGGUCUCGCCGGUAUGCAUCGACCUCCGCACCGCCGCCCUCGGCGUCUCCGAAAUCUCGCUGGCUAGGCCUUGCUGUGGUGAGCGCAGCCGCAGCAGGCGCAGGCGCCUACAUUCGAUCGCAGAGCCCCAGCUCGGGGACCUUGAACCAAGAGACCUUCACUAAGUACAGUCUUGUCUCCCGUGAGCCUGUCUCCGCGACCAGCAGCCUGUUCACCCUGCGCCCGCGAUACCACAGCGACGGCAACUACGAGGUCUACGAGGAUGCGUGGCGGAUUGGAGUAUGGAGCGUGAUGUUCAAGCAGCCCCAGCUGCAGAUCGGCCGAGACUAUACACCUCUCCCUACGACGGCGGCGACAUCAUUAAGCGUGGAUGAAGAGAACGAGGGAUACCUGCGCUUCUUUAUUCGAAAAGACCCGUUUGGAGAGGUCUCGCGGUAUCUUCACAGCCUGGAGGUCGGUGCAGAUAUCGAGAUGCGAGGACCUCAGAUAGAGUGCGUGAUCCCCGAAGAGACUCAGGAGAUACUGUUCAUUGCUGGAGGAACCGGGAUUGCGCCGGCGCUGCAGGCUGGGUAUUCCCUCCUGAAUCGCACAACCAAGGAAAACCGCCCUAGGAUACACAUUCUUUGGGCCAGCCGACUGAAGGCAGACUGCGUGGGUGGCGAGAGUGAUACUGCCAAAGCCCUGGUGCCCAGUCGGUCGUGGUUCUCGGGCUGGCUUGGUUCUUCUCAAUCCAGCGCUUCCAACCCCCCGGCGGUUGCUGCAGUCUCCCAGAGCCAGAACUCGUCACUGGUUGUACGAGAACUGGAGGCGCUCAAGUCGCAAUAUCCGGGGCAGAUCACUGUGGAUUACUACUUAGACGAGGAAAACCGCUUUAUUGGGAAGAACGAUCUCUCCAAGUUUAUCAAAUCCACAGAUCCUACCGAGGACCCGCAGAAACGAAAGCUGAUCUUGGUGUCUGGUCCCGAGGGCUUUAUCAGCUACAUGGCCGGUCCCAAGGUUUGGGCGCAAGGGCAGGAGCUCCAGGGUCCUUUGCAGGGCAUGAUCAAAGAGCUGGAUCUAAAGGAUUGGGCCGUUUGGAAACUAUGA